AUGGCAGAAGAGCAGAGAGCCUUCAUCCCGCCCAAGCGGCCAAACACUGAUUAUCCUGUUAUUGACACUGACCCUCACUGGAGACGAGCAUUUGGCUAUGCCAGGCCUGAAGAUUGGACGUACGGAGCCGGAGUUGCAGCCAUAGGACCCGCCUUCAUGCUCAUGACCGAACGAUAUGCCCCGUCUUUCGCCGGCAAAGGCGCAUUCCCUCCUGUCUUCAGACUGAGUGUCGGCAUCGGUCUACUCGCCGGUGCUGGCAUGGUAUACCAGCGAAGUUGCCUCCGAUUUUACGGCUGGACUGAGAAUGACCGAGAAGUUAAGAGAGACAUGAGAGAAAUGGUCGAAAAGGUCAAGAAGGGCGAGCCAUUGUAUGGCGUGAGCGACCUCAGUGAAUACCACCAGGGUGUUGCGGCACGGAAUAGCAGAUACUCGGCCUUACUAGCACACAUUGUUCCUUGGGCAAACUUCGUCAAUCACAACCAGCACGGUGUGGACACCGCCAAAUAUUAUCAGCAAGCCGAACGAGAGCUAGAAGCUUCGCGAUUAUCGAAACAGAGUCGGUAA